CAGGGCGCAUGCGCGGAGUUCUCCGGCUGGCGUCUGCCUGGGGCUACGAGGAAGAUGGCGGCCGGCUGCGGGGCUGGUGCUUGCUGCUGCUGCUGCUGCGGGGAGAGGGAGAGCCGCACCCCGGAGGAGCUGACUAUCCUUGGAGAAACCGAGGAAGAAGAUGACGAGAUUCUCCCACGUAAGGACUAUGAGAGUUUGGACUAUGAUCGUAGCAUCAAUGAACCCUACCUGGAAGUUCUGGAAAGCCUUGACAGCAAGAAAGGCUGGCGUUAUGAAGCAGUGAAGUGGAUGGUGGUUUUUGCCAUUGGAGUCUGCACUGGGAUGGUUGGUCUCUUUGUGGACUUCUUUGUACGACUCUUCUCCAGACUCAAGUUCCACAUCGUGCAGAAUUCGGUGGAGGAGUGCAGCGAGAAAGGCUGCCUUGCAGUGUCCCUGCUGGAGCUUCUCGGCUUUAACCUGACCUUCAUCUUCCUGGCCAGCCUCCUUGUCUUGAUCCAGCCUGUGGCCGCUGGUUCUGGGAUUCCGGAGAUCAAAUGCUACUUGAACGGAGUGAAGGUCCCUGGGAUUGUUCGCCUCCGGACUCUGGUGUGCAAAGCUCUUGGGGUGCUCUUCAGCGUCGCUGGAGGUCUCUUUGUAGGGAAGGAGGGUCCCAUGAUCCACAGCGGGGCUGUGGUAGGAGCCGGUCUGCCUCAGUUCCAGAGCAUCUCUUUGAGGAAGAUCCAGUUCAACUUUCCCUAUUUCCGCAGCGAUAGGGACAAGAGGGAUUUUGUGUCUGCUGGAGCUGCUGCCGGUGUGGCCGCAGCCUUUGGGGCCCCAAUUGGUGGCACACUCUUCAGCCUCGAAGAGGGCUCAUCCUUCUGGAACCAGGGCCUGACGUGGAAAGUGCUCUUUUGUUCUAUGUCUGCCACCUUCACUCUGAACUUCUUCCGCUCCGGGAUCCAGUUUGGAAGUUGGGGUUCCUUCCAGCUCCCGGGAUUGCUGAAUUUUGGGGAGUUCAAGUGCCCGGAAUCUGACAAAAAAUGCCACCUGUGGACGGCCGUGGACUUGGGCUUCUUCAUCCUGAUGGGGAUCUUGGGCGGCCUCUUGGGGGCUACCUUCAACUGCAUCAACAAGAGGCUGGCAAAGUACCGCAUGCGGAACGUCCACCCCAAGCCCAAGCUGGUCAGAGUCUUGGAGAGCCUGCUGGUGUGUCUAACGACCACCCUUGUGGUGUUUGUCGCUUCCAUGGUUCUAGGGGAAUGCCGGCCGCUGUCUUCCGCCAACCACGGGGGCAACAGCUCUCUCGGCCUGCAGGAUUCUUCACCUGAUGAAGUGAAUUCCAGCAUUAAGACAUUCUUCUGCCCAAACGACACUUACAACGACAUGGCAACCCUUUUAUUUAACCCUCAGGAGUCCGCCAUCCUGCAGCUUUUCCACCAGGAGGGUACCUUCAGCCCAGUCACCCUCUCCCUGUUCUUCCUCCUCUAUUUCCUCCUUUCCUGCUGGACUUACGGGAUUUCUGUGCCCAGCGGCCUCUUUGUCCCGUCGCUGCUUUGCGGGGCUGCCUUUGGACGCCUGGUGGCCAACCUCCUCAAAAGUUACAUCGGCCUGGACCACAUCUACUCGGGGACCUUUGCCCUGAUCGGGGCAGCUGCCUUCCUGGGAGGGGUGGUGCGCAUGACAAUCAGCCUCACCGUCAUCCUAAUCGAGUCCACGAACGAGAUCACUUACGGGCUCCCCAUCAUGAUCACACUUAUGGUAGCCAAAUGGACUGGAGACCUCUUCAACAAGGGUAUCUACGACAUCUACAUCAACUUGCGAGGGGUGCCGCUUCUUGAGUGGGAAACCAAGGCAGAAAUGGACAAGCUGAGAGCCAGCGACAUCAUGGAGCCCAACCUGAUGUACGUUUACCCCCACACCCGGAUCCAGUCCCUCGUCAGCAUCUUGCGUACGACGGUUCACCACGCCUUCCCGGUGGUGACCGAAAACAGAGCGUACGAGAAGGAGUUCAUGAAGUGGGACCAGCUGAUCAGCAACAACAUCAAGUUCAAGAAAUCCAGCAUCCUCACCCGGGCCGGCGAGCAGCGCAAACGCAGCCAAUCCAUGAAGUCCUACCCAUCCAGCGAGCUUCGCAACGUCUGUGACGACCACAUCGCGACGGAGGAACCUCCGGAGACAGAGGACAUGUUGCAGCAGAUGUUGGAGCGGAGGUACACCCCAUAUCCUAACCUUUACCCGGACCAAUCGCCAAGCGAAGAGUGGACCAUGGAGGAGCGAUUCCGGCCCCUGACCUUCCACGGCCUCAUCCUGCGCUCGCAGCUGGUCACCUUGCUGGUGCGAGGAGUCUGUUACGCGGAGAAUCAGUCGAGCACUAGCCAGCCUCGCCUUUCGUAUGGCGAGAUGGCAGAAGAUUACCCUCGCUAUCCCGACAUCCACGACCUGGACCUCACGCUUCUGAACCCCAGGAUGAUUGUGGACAUUACGCCUUACAUGAAUCCCUCCCCUUUCACGGUUUCGCCGAAUACUCACGUCUCGCAAGUCUUCAACCUCUUCCGGACGAUGGGGCUCAGGCAUCUGCCCGUGGUGAAUGCUGUUGGGGAGAUCGUUGGCAUCAUCACGCGCCACAACCUGACCCACGAGUUCCUGCAGGCCAGGCUACGGCAGCACUACCAGACCCUCUGAGCCCUCGCUUCCCGCCUCCCAAGCCGCUGCUUCGGAUCCCGCGUGGCCCCCGGGUCACCUUCGUGCACUUUAAAGGCAACAAAAAGCGGACCGGCUUCUUUCUCACUGGGGGGAGGCCCCCCAGUGACCUCUCGGGGGGCCGGAAGACUCUGGAAGUUGUGGUCUGAAUGCUCACCGGCUAAUCUUAGGGGCUCGCUCACCUGCUGCCCCAAUUGGCUUCGGAUCGGUAUCGUUCCGACAUUUCACCGCCCUGCCGGCACGUUUUGAGAAGAGUCAUAUCUACGCCAUAUUCCAGAUGGAAGGAACACCUGUCCUUUUCUGCUCUUCUUGCCUUAUCCUAAGACCAGGUGUUAACCAUCUUGAAAGACACAGAAGACCAACGCAGCACUUAGCCGCUAUAUCUCAAGCUUGGGCCAGCAAUUCCCUCUUAUUUCGCAUUCGUGGUUUCAGUAAGGCUAAGAAGAAGAGACACUUUUUUUCUUUUCUUUUUUACCGGAAACUGGAAUUGCCUGCAUAGAGAUUUCAUUUUCAUUCCACUUAACUUCACUUUUGAGUUGUUGUUUUUCUUGGCUAGAGGCUGGGAUCCUUGAUGUUUGGGGGUGGGGGAAAGUCUCCACUUGAGUGAAUCAAACCCUUGACCUUUAAUUAUCUUUUUGGGGGGGGGGGAGUUUAUAGGUGCAUAUGGAAGGGAACGGACAAUCGUACCACUAAAAGUAAGUGUAUGUUGGGGUGUGUUUGUGUGUGCUAGUGAAAGGCAGCGUCUGCCUCUUGUGAGUGUGAGAAAAGCCGCCUGGGUCAGUUUUGCAAGGGUUUGGCAGUUGGAGUGCUGUGGGUUUGUUUGCACCUACAACCCUCCAGGCAUUGCUGGACUACAACUCCCAUCACCUCUGACCGCUACUGGCUGUUGGGAGUUGUAGUCCAGCACCUGAAAGGAGUCACAGAUUCACCAACCCUGCCUUGAAGACCCAAGAUGGAGCAGGUAUGUGCAUGCAGAACAGAUUCAGGUCUCCUAGCUCUCAUAAGGCUUAAUUUUUUUUAAAGAAUAAGUCAGCACCCUGAAUUGGAAAUUGGGACCUCAAAUUAUCUCUUCCCGGGCCAUCUUAGGUUGGCAUUGUAGUAUGGAAGCGUUAGAGCAGAGGGUUGGAACCUGUGGCCUUCCAGAUGUUGGGACUACAACUCCCAUCAUCCCUGGCCCUGGGGCUGAUGGGAGUUGGAGUCCAGUGGCUUCUGGAGGGCAAAACCCCUGCUCUCGAGGGAGACAGACAUUGGCAGUUGAGCCGAACCAGUUUGCCUGAAGGGUUUCCAGCACACAGUUGGCUUGAUGGCCGGUGGCGGUUCAACGUCACCGAGAAGAAUUUUGCUUGCCUUGUGGGUGGCUGGCUGGCACCCUGCCACAGACAUUUUGUAGGGGAAAUCAAGCUCAAACCCACUGGUGACCGGCGCCUGUAAUUCCUACCUGUCUCAGCCCCUUAAACUGCCAUCAGCUGGUCGCUCCAUACCAAGCUUCUGCCAAACUUAAAUACAUUUCUGGAGUGUUUAAAGGUUUUCUCCUGCAUGCGCUAGGCAUGUAGCAGCAAUUCCCUAAGCAAACCCAAGCGGGUCACAUGCAUGGGGACAACAGCCCUGUCACUCCAGAGGCGCCAAUUUGCAGCGUGGCCCUGCCAUGUCUCCUUAGAUAUACCCGUGCCACAUCUGGUUGGGUUUGUUUGACACCCACACACCCCACGGCAGAUCUCCAGUCUUUCCCUACCCCCUGCAAGUGAUCACAAGGACUGUUGGGGAAUUCAGUCCUCAGAACAGGAGAUCUCCAGGGGGUGUCCCUGAGAAUCCAGUUUUCAUAGAAAGACUUCCCUUUAACUAGCAAGUUUUGAAAAGUUGCAAUUGUGACACCCAGUCCAGGACCAAAACAGGAUUUUCUUUUGCAAGCGGGGGGGGGGGCGCUCGAGAGAGUUCCUGUAAUUGCAGAGUCACCUCAAGCCAGCCCAGGCCGGUCUGCUGCUUCUCGCAGGCCCCAACUUGGCUGCCCCCACCGCAGUUAUUCCAGCAGACUCCUGCCUCCGUAGGUUUCCCCCUCUGUUCUUGCCUCUGCUAAAUCUCUCCGGUUUGGAAAGGUGACAGCCCUAAUGCUGAUGGUCCUGAUAAAGCACAGUUGUGGAGUGUGGAUUUUGCAGGUUUUUUCUUCCCAGGCCGAACAGCCGGAGAGAAAACGCAUUCCAAGAAAAGGACCCCUACAGCUCUCUGCCUGCACACCCCCUCGCCACAAAAAUAAAAUAAAACAAAAUCCUCCCUCCAUGUCAGCCCACCUGUUAAAACCUGUUCUGUGCCACAAGGCAGGCAGGGAAGGAAUCGCUUUGAGCGUCUCGCCCCAUCACAACCUUGUCGGUGUCUUUAAAAGCGAAACGUGGGCUGUCUCCAAUGUUAGUUUUACUUACAAGUAGUCCUGCUGAAAUGAACAGGCUCGGGCCUGUGAAUUUCAGUGGGUCUACUCUCAGCUGGAUGCAACCAUGUGUGUGUGGACCCCUCCCUCUUUUAAACCCCUCUGUGCUGCCAAUGACGCUAAUUCAGCCAUCUCAGUUUCCUGUCUUCCGAAAUUAUAUUAUUUGUUUGCGUUUGGGCUCCUGGGGUGUAGCUGGGGGGUGGGAUACAGAACUGGUUUCGAGUUUUGAUUUCAUCUCCUUGAACCAGGAAUGCAGGUUGUGUGUGUGUGUGUAAACGUGUAAUGUGUGUUUAAAAUGUGUAAAGUCUGUCUCUGCAUAGCUCUUUGUGAUUGUGUGGUGGUGCGUGUGGGUUUUUUUUUUUUUAAGGGAAAGAAAAUCAGAACCAGGUCCUGCUCUCUGUCCCUCUAAAUCCAUUGAAAGCCUUCAGCUGUUUUCUGCUUCUCAGACCCACUGCUUUAUUCCUUUGACGCCUUGAGGAAGGAAGGAAGUCCACAUCUUUAAACCUUAGUUUGGCCCUGGCAUUUUCUGGUUGCAGCAGGUAUCAGCUCAGCCCUGCAUACCACUUUAUUAUUUAUUAUUAUUAUUAUUAUUAUUAUUUCCUCUCUCUCUUAGCUGGGGCAUAAUCAGCUUUCUUCCUAAACCUGUGCCCUUGACAGCACCUACUACUCUUAAAUUGGCACGGCCACGCUCUUUAAAAAAAAAAAAGUUGUGACAAGUUUGAACCCCUCUGAUGCUUAUUGAUCUGCAAGCCGUGAUAAAAAAGUGGGAGAGCUGAACAUUUCAUUGGCACCAAAUGAGAAGUCUGUGGUUCGCUGGGGGGGCAUAUGCGUGAUUUUUCGUGCUGCCCCCUUGUGAAAGUCCCCCCCCCCAAGUCCAGCAGCCUGGCACUGAACAAGUGCAGCAUCUUUGACGUCUUGACUUAACAGCCAGCUAAGUGAGCUGCUUUGCCACUUCUCUGCGCAGUUUGUCCAGAACGUGUCGCGUUUCUUCCUUCACUGCGAUCUCUUUUAAGAUGUCGAACCAAUUAAGGACCGUCUCCCCAACUCCCCAGAGCUGUUGGCUGGAAGGAGCUUGACAAUACAUUUCAGUGUUCUGAGCCCAAUUUAUUUGUUUUUGGCAUCCUGAUGAUGCCCGAAAUGAAGCAGUGCUGCUUCAUUUCAAAACCCAAAAUUGCCCCAGUGGCUAUAGGACUCCUAUCCUGAGACGUGUCAGCUAUCCUGACAGGGCAGCUGCUCUCUCUCUCACUCUCUGAGGGAUCUUUCUUCCCUAUCAUCAUGAAAAGUUCCACUGUUCCCGCACAUGCCGACAAGGGGCUUGUUAGUGGAGCUAAGACACAGAGCUUCAGUGCGACUUGGCUUUUUGCUAGGUGAUGCCCUUGUUCUCAUUGCUGGGCUUCUUGUGGGCUUGAGAUUGCCGAGCUUUUUUGUGCAGGGGGAGUUUGCGGGUGGGGGGCUGUAGGGUGUGUGUGUGUGUGUGUGUUUGGGUCUGGGGGAAAGGGGUAUAUCAUGGUGCUGUUCAUUUGUUGGCGUGCGUGGUAGGGGAGGGGCAUGUGAGUUUUUGCUCCCAUGCUGUUGUCCAGAGAACCGUAGCUUAAGGCGAGACUUACGUUCCUAAGCUGGGCUUGGUUCCGGCUUAUUCACUUCCCUACAAUAGACUCCCCUUUCUCUGUCUCUUACUUUCAGGUAGUGCCUUCUGAGUUUAUUCAACCAUGCUUUUAAAAAAUGGGGGAAUAUAUAACCCAUGCAACAAUGGCUUUGUGUUCCUAUGUUACCAGGGGGAGGCUUGAAUGGAUGAAAUCUAUGCUGGUUAUGCCUGCCGAACUCUGUGCCCUCUGCAGGAGUGUGCAUGUCUUGGGUUUAGUCAGCUCGACAUCCACACACAUUUGGCGCUGACCACUUCCCACCAUUGCCAAAUGCCUCUUAUCCAAAACAAAGCAAUAGGAAAGGUUUUGCUUUUCUGGGUCCCUUCCAAAUAAUUCUGGGAGCAUCUCAUCCCCGUCACCCCUUUCGUUUUUAAAGGAGGAGGAAGCAGGCAGAAUCUUUACUCGAUGCUUUUCAUUUUGCGAAGUUAAACUAUAGGGGAGAAACGGGUUUACCACAGACGUGGGGGACCUUUGCCCCCCCCCCAGAUGUUGAUGAACUAUAACUCCCAUCAGCCGAAGCAAACGGCCAGGGUUGAUGGGGAAUUGAAGUCCAGCAACCGCCUUGAAGGCCAGAGGUUCUUCACAGAAAGCCACACUUUUGUUCCACAUUGCAAGAGAAUCGUUUCCUUCUAACUGCUUUGAAAGUCAGCGAUGCAAACCUGUUGGCCUCCCUGUCUCAAAUGUACCACUCAAACCCUCCUUUCCGAAAUGGGUCUUCCCAGACUGCUUGAGGGUCUGCUGGUGGCUUGACCAAAACUUGGCACCCACCCCUUCUCUCUCUUAGAUCAGUGUUAAGCUUGAGCCCAGGGCAGAGAAAUCUGGGGCAAAUAUUCAUGCGUUCUCCUUUUCCCUGCCCGCUCUGGUCCCUUAAACAGUGUUAAAUUGCCAUAUCAAGGCAUAACCCCUAUCUCGUUCCCCCCACAUUGCAAUGCAUCCCCCUGGUUAAACCCUCUCAAUGUUUUCUUCAAUCUAAUUUGUGUUUUAAUUUUUUCCCUGAGGGGAGUGUUUGUGACCAAAUGAUGGGAAUUAAUUCUGUUGUGUAUAUAAUUAUUAUUUUUUAUUUUUUUAAAAAAUGAGUGAGAUUAUUAUUAUUAUUAUUAUUUGUGUUUGACCGCCUGUAGUGUUUAACCAUGGCCAUCCUCUUUUUUUGGGUGGGGAGAAAGAAAAUAAAUUAAAUUCCUCCCGUGCACCUGUCUUCAAGGAUGUUUUGUGAUGACUAUUCUGUUGCGCAUCGCCUUUCUAGUUGCUUGGCUUCCUUCGGCCACCUGGGCAUAGAGGGAAGCAGUAGCUCAGUGGCUUAGAGCACCUGCUUUGCAUGCAGAAGGUCCUGGGUUUGAUCCCUGGCAUCUCCAGAUGGAAAACCUGGAGAGCCUCUGCCAGUCGGCGCAGAGAAUAUUGAGCUAGCUGCUAGAUAGACUGAUGGUCUGACAGAACCUCCUAUGGUUCUGUUUAAAUCAGCUUGUUGCCCGGAGCCAUGAGGACUAGAAUCUUGUGUUACAUGUUAGCGGAAGGACCAUAGCUCAGUUGUAGAGCACCUGCUUUGAACAUAGCGGUGCAUGCUCUAGUUAUCUCCCGCUUGGACUGCUGCAAUGCGCUCUACGUGGGGCUACCUUUGAAGGUGACCCGGAAACUGCAACUAAUCCAGAAUGCAGCAGCUAGACUGGUGACUGGGAGUGGCUGCUGAGACCAUAUAACACCACCAGUCCUGACCUACAUUGGCCCCCAGUACAUUUUCGAGCACAAGUGUUGACGCUGACCUUCAAAGCCCUAAACAGCCUCAGCCCAGUAUACCUGAAGGAGAGUCUCCACCCCCAUCGUUCAGCCCAGACACUGAGGUCCAGCGCCGAGGGCCUUCUGGCGGUUCCCUCACUGCGAAAAGUGAAGCUACAGGAAACCAGGCAGAGGGCCUUCUCAGUAGUGGCGCCAACCCUGUGGAAUGCCCUACCAUCAGAUGUCAAGGAUAUAACUAUCUGACUUUUAGAAGGCAUCUGAAGGCAGCCCUGUUUAAGGAAGUUUUUAAUGUUUGAUGUUUUAUCGUGUUUUUAAUAUUCUGUUGGCAGCCACCCAGAGUGGCUGGGGAAACCCAGCCAGAUGGGUGGGGUAUAAAUAAUAAAUUUUAAGUUGUUGCUAUUAUAAAAGGUCCGAGCUAUAAUCCCAGGCAUCUUCAGGCAGGUCUGGGAAAGGUUUUCUGAACUGGAUGGACCAAUUGUCUGACUUCCAGUGUACCUGAUCUCACAUAGCAUCCCCCCUGUUUGCCCUAAAAAAAGUCGGUGGGCAGCUAGCUGCCUCUGGGAAGUUUGCACCCCAAGAACAAGUUGGCCCCCAGCACUUGAUAUUUAGUGGUACACUGCCUCUAACCAUGGGUCUCUAUUAAUUAUAAAGCAGGGCUGACGUCCCUUUUUCAAGUUGAGGGCCAGAUUUCUUUCUGGGUAGCCUGCUGAGGGCCACAUGCCAGGGACAGGUGGGCCUAGGGGUGAAAGUGGGUGGAGCAACAAAUGUAAAUUUUACCAUGUGUACAGUACUUUUCAUCCUCCAUUCAGGCAAGCAAGAGGCAUCAGCAUCCAAGGACACAUUGCAGCCCAGCAGGAACUCAAAGCAGGGUCUGUAAGGGGCGUGGCCCGAGCAGAGUGGGGUGUGGCUUAUUUGGAAAGGGGUGUGUGGCCUGGGGGGAGCAUUCCAAGGACCAGGUGAAAUUUCGGGAAGAGGAAUCUCGUAUCACUCCCAACCUUGAGGUCUUUUUACCUGCAUCGCGCCAGGGAACGCAAGUAUAUACAGGCAGGUAGUAAAACAAGGGUUGCACAGAUUUUGUCACUGCAAAUGCACAAUUUAAUGCAGCGGUUAAAACAGCAAGCGGCAGGAAAUGUGCCUGGAAUAUUGGGCAGGGGUCGUCCUUUAUGAAAAACCAGCCACGGCAGCUGUUGAAAGAGGCUCUUGAGAAAAUAACGGGCAUAGGCUCCCUGCCUGAAACCCUAGAGAGCUGCUGCCAGUCAGCGCAGGCAAUACUGAGCUAGAUGGACCAUUGGCACAACUCCUGUUGGGGAGAAGCAGUUUGGCAGGGGAUGGAAGUCUCAGAUGUUUCCACACCUACAAGCUUUUCUCAACCUUAGGAUCCCAGAUGUUGUUGGGCCACAGUGUCCAUUAGCCCUGACCAUUAACCAUGCUGGCUAGUGGGAAUUGGCAUCCCAACAUCUUUCGGAGAGCCACUGCCAAGUUGUGGGAACAAGGCAGUUCCAGGGCUUGAGAGACCGGGUAAAAUGUGUGGUCUCUUUCCAUGGUGCUGAAUCCAUUUUAUAUCCCCGAACAGAGCAAGGGCGUCCAAGUUGCCACAUGCGUUUGAGGAAAUGAAGCCAAUUCAUGUUACAAAGCAAGGGGAACAUCCGAUUUCUCUCCCACCCUGUCCCGAGAGCUUGCAGUGGGCUUACAAGUAGCACCCCAUCUCCUUCCGUCCUCAUGAUGAUCUCUGGGAGCGAAGUUAUGGUGAAAGUGAGAAAAUGCCGGUGAAUUGUCCGCAUGCCAAGGAAGUUGUGCAUUCUUUGAUAGGACUAGCC